AUGACCAACGCAGAGCCACUGCAACAAGUCAAGUUGCUCGCCGCGCUGCGUAGCGGCGACCCUGCUCUUAUUCAUCCAUUUCUGUCGGAAAUCUCCAAAGAUUCCAAAGACACGUCGCUCGCUACUAGCGACGCCCUCAACACCGGCGCCGCGGCACUCCACCUCGCGAUCCGAUGUGCCUCUUCAGAGACCGUAAAUUUACUGCUUGCGCACAGAGCAAUAGACCCGAAUGGUGUACACCCUCCGGGCUCUGGGACGACACCGCUCCACCUUGCAGCAGCAACUGGUCGGGCAGACGUUGUACGAUUGCUCCUCGAGCAAGAAGGGAUUGAUGACACGAAGCUCGAUGCUCACGGUAGAAACUGCAGGGACUUGGCUAAGGGGAAGGAUACGGCAAAGGCCAUCGAUGACUCGAGGGCUUUCUUGAAUGCAUCAUUUCGCUCGCUGCUACGAUCCUACAUCCUAUCACCCCUGCCAGAUCCAACAGCGUCACCAAUACCACGUACCACGUCCACUUCAUCCACUCCACAAACGUCUAACUCGCGCCCAAUACCGAAUACCCAACUUAUUGCACUAUUAUCCUCUCCACGUGCUCGCCACCCUCUCCUUAACGUCAAUUAUAUCGACGAUGCGUCUGGCUUCUCCCUGCUUCACGCUGCAGCCGCUCGACACGACCUUCGCAUGAUCGAAUCUGCAGUUCGAUCUGGCGCCGACGUUUUCGUUCGUGACGCUCGUGGUAGAGGCGUAGAAGAGGAAUGGAAAGCCGAAGGGGAUAGGAUCAAAGUAUUUCUUCGCCAAUGUGAUUCAAGUGGCCUCACGACUAUUCACGCGCAAGCCACUCAUGGACUAGCAGAGCCUCCGAGUCUGAAGGGCUACUUGAAUAAAUAUACCAACGUCGCGAAGGGGUACAACACGCGAUGGUUUGUUCUACGUGAUGGCAUCCUCUCUUAUUACCGACACCAAGAUGACGAGACCAUCGCUUCCCGCGGUUCCAUCUCGAUGAAGACCGCGACGCUGAAGAUAUCGCCCGGAGAUGCCCGCAGCAAGCUUCGCUUCGAAGUACAUUCAACCCCGUCUGCGGCGUCACAUUCGGCAACUCCAGCCCAAAGGUGGUAUAUGAAGGCAAGCCACCCCGUUGAAGCUGCAAGGUGGGUACAAGCUCUUGGACGGAGUAUCGACUGGUGGCGUGCUCGGGAGCGCGAAGAAGCUGGCAUUAUGGCCAAUCUCGACCACAGUCGGGUCAGCGUAUUGGCGAACGAGGAUGCAAGAAGUCGAAAGAGUGGCGACAGUGAAUGGAGCAAAUCCUCCAUCCUUAGGAAGAACUUGAAACCGGGCCACGCACUCGGGCCGAAGGGAAGCGAAAGCGAUAACUCCUAUAUCGAGGGCGGUAUAGGGAGUGGACAUGGGUUGGGUUCGAGCUCGUUGCUUAGUUCUGCCAGCAAUUUUGGUGGGCGGACUAUGAGCGCGAGUAGCGUUGAUGUCAGCAUGAGGCAUCGAGACAAGCACGGUCGACUGCUGCAACCAGGAGACGAAACCGAUGCCGGGGAAUCGUACCGAUCACAAAACGAUGAGGCUUCCUCAUUCCACCGCCCGGACGACUAUGAUGACGACUCUGCGUCGCACGAACAUGGGGACGAAUCGAAUGCAGAUGACUCUGCUUCUGGCGAUUCCGGAACGCGCGGCCCACCUCACUCGCAGACAUUUGGGCUCCAUGCGAACAGUCUUACGGCACAGAUGGAGAUUCUCCUUGCUGCGCUUGGGAAAGCUAUUUCCGAUAACCCAACAGCCUCUACAUCUACAAAAAGCCUGCUUUCUAACACGCACCAGUCGUUGACGACGCUACAAAGUCUUCAGACCGAGUACAUAACGAUGGUUCAAGCUCGUGAAGAGUGGUAUGUCCGGCAACUAAGGAACGAGCGGAAACGACAGAGCGUUUGGGAAGAGAGCUUGAAAGUUGUGGUGCAAGAAGGCGAAGUCUUGGAGCAAGAGCUGCGGCGGCGUGCGCGUGGGAGGGGAGGAGGAAAAGAUAGUCGAAUGUUGGAGUUCGGAAUGGGUCAAGGUGGUACAGUGAAGGCUGGUGCGAUGAAACUGCGGGCGAGCAGAAUCUUUGAAAGUAUGGGUGAUGGACCAAGCCUCAAGCCCGGUGACACGGUCAAGGAUAAGCAGCCUUUAGUUGAUACCGCCGCCGCCGCCGCGCCAGUCACACAACCAGAGCAACCUUCCCAAGCACAAUCGUCUCAAGCUUUGACUGAGUUGCCUACGGAGAGAAAGCCCUCGUUACAAAGCCCUCGUGCCUCCUCGUCGAGUAUCCCAAGGAAAAUACUCUCUCGUAAUGUCAGUGGUGGCACACUAAACGCACUCAAAUCUUCGGGUGACGCGGAGGACGAAGGUGCCGUUGAUACAGACGAGGAAGACGAGUUCUUUGACGCCAUCGAAUCAAAUACACUACCAAAUCUCACGAUUCCUGAACCUUUGGCCAGCCCAUCGCAUACGCAAGAUUCUAUUCUCGGGGGUCCGUCGACUGAAAAGGCUGACAUCGAGUCUUUUGACGCUGUAGCGAAGAAACUUGGCCUUAACCUUGACGUUGCUCAGUAUGCCAGUUACACUCAACUACGCACGAGACUUGCUUUGGAUGCAGACAAUCGGCCCAGUACGAGUCUGUGGAGCGUCUUGAAACACAGUAUCGGCAAGGAUCUCACUAGGAUUAGUUUCCCCGUGUUUUUCAAUGAACCUACGAGUAUGCUACAGCGGAUGGCCGAGGAUAUGGAGUUCUCGGAAUGCCUUGACGUCGCUGCUAAAGAAACGGAUCCACAUAAACGUUUGGCCUUCGUUGCCGCGUUUGCGAUGUCCAAUUAUUCAUCGACAAUUGGCCGUAUAGCUAAGCCAUUUAACCCUAUGCUCAGCGAAACGUUUGAGUAUGUGCGGCUUGACAAGGAAUAUCGUUACAUGUCUGAACAGGUUAGCCAUCAUCCACCCAUGUCAGCAUGUUGGGCGGAGUCUCCGAAUUGGCAUUACUUUGGCGAAGUCGACGCGCAGAACAAGUUCAUGGGUAAAUCCUUUGAGAUUCGGCCUACCGGUAUAGCGCACGCAGAGCUGCUAUUGCCUGAGGAACUUGCGCCACAUUACCCUAAAGGCAAGGGACCUGUCGGCGAAGGGAAAGUAAUCGAGCACUACACUUGGAAGAAGGUUACAACCAACGUAUCUGGAUUUAUUCUUGGCUCCCCGACCAUAGAUCACUAUGGUGAUAUGAUCGUCACUAACCACCGGACCGGGGAUCAGUGUAUCUUGACGUUCAAGCCGCGUGGCUGGCGUGGAAAGGAUGCGUACGAGAUCAGCGGUCUCGUUCGUGACUCCUCCGGCAAUGUUACGUAUGAAAUAGCGGGACGCUGGAAUUCUCAGCUCAUUGCCAGACGAGUCGGGACCGGGAGUGGUCUGCUACAUCCCGACACGUCGGUCAUCGACCCUCUAUCGCCCUCUAUCCAACCUGAAUAUAUCCUACUUUGGCGGAACUCGGAAAAGCCAACAGCCCCAUUCAACCUCACGCCGUUCGCUAUAACGUUGAACGACUGUCCUGAUAGCUUGCGUUCGAUUAUUUGCCCCACUGACUGUCGCAUGCGACCGGAUCAACGGGCGUUCGAAGUUGGACUUUACGAGCGAGCGAACGAUCUCAAAAAUGCACAAGAGGAGAAACAACGGGCAACGCGCCGGGCUAGGGAAGAGGGACGGUUACCGCCUCAUAGACCGAGAUGGUUCUCUGCGGAAACGGAUGGUGAUACUGGGGAAAGGGUAUGGACUCCGUCUAAAAUUGGCGAUUCGUUGGAAUACUGGAUAGAAAGAGAGAAAAUAUGGAGAGAAAAUGGCAAAAUAAGCUGGAAGGACGUGGACCCAAUUUUCACCGAAGCGGAACUGUAA